CUGUUGGAGUGAAGUUCGCGGCGUGGAGUCGCUCCGCCGGUGAUGGAUGACGGUGAUGUAUCCGCGUGCCUCGCUCCUGUCCCCGCGCCUGUGUGUACGUGAAGCCGCGCUCCUCUGGCUGCCGGCCACGCCGCGGUAUUUAUAGACAAAAAAAAAAAAAAACACGAGCUGCGAUCACCACUCAGGGGAAGAGGAAGAGGAAGAAGAAGAAGAAACGUCCCUCAAAUCAACGUGUAAACGUGUAAACUUGGAGCGAGUGGGAGCGGCGGGAUUCGGAGGAUCCACCUGAACGAUGAAGGAGCAAGCAUUAUGGUGACGCCCCCGCCCCCCGCCCGCCGUCCUCUGCAGAGAUGCUCACCAGUUCAGACCAGUCCCUCUCCCGCUCCCUCUCGCCGGGCCCCCUGUCCCCGUCCGGCUCCGGUCCAGCUGGACGGAUGCACGCCCAGUCCUCCCUGUCCCUCCCCGAGCCCGAGCCCUGGAGGACGUCGGGCGCCAGCCCCCGGCACGGCCUGGCGCAGGCAGCCCGCUCCAGCUCCCUGCAGGUGCCCCACGCCCUCCCCGAGUGCCUGGGGCUGCCCCCUCGAGCCGCCAGCUUCGACGUGCCGUGCGCUCAGGACGACGCCUCGUCCGACCAGGGCUCGGGGUCGCUGAGCCCCCACGGCAUGCAGCGGCGGCGCGGGGGCCUCGUGGAGCAGAAAGACAUCAUAAUGGCGCACCAGGCUCACAAGAUCCAGAGCACGCCGCAGGCCCGCAGGAAGGAGUGGGAAAUGGCUCGCUUCGGAGACGAGUUCGCGCCCGGCGCGGUGGACUCCGGAGACGGGGACGCGGAGCGCGGCGGCGAGGAACAGGACGCGGCGGCGGUGGCCGCGGGGCUCACGGCUUCCAUAAGGCAAGCCAAGGCUCAGCGGGCCCGGACCAUGGCCAUGUACAACCCCGUCCCCCACCGGCAGAACUGCCUCACCGUCAACAGGGCGCUCUUCAUAUUCGCGGAGGACAACAUCAUGAGGAGAGCCGCGAGGCGGAUCAUCGAGUGGCCACCAUUUGAGUACAUGAUCCUGGCCACCAUCACCGCCAACUGUGUGGUCCUGGCCCUGGAGCAGCACCUCCCCGGAGAGGAUAAGACCCCCAUGGCCAAGAGACUGGAGAAGACGGAGCCGUACUUCAUCGGGAUCUUCUGCUUCGAGGCGGCCAUAAAGCUGCUGGCCCUCGGCUUCGUUUUCCACAAAGGCUCCUACCUGAGGAACGGCUGGAACGUCAUGGACUUCAUAGUCGUGCUGAGCGGGAUUCUGGCCACAGCUGGCGCCCACAUGAACAUCCCGGUCGACCUUCGGACCCUGAGGGCCUGUGCGAGUGCUGCGACCUCUCAAGCUCGUCUCCGGCAUCCCAAGGACGAGAAGUACACGGACACGUCCACCGCCAGCAUGUCGCGGUCCAGGAUGAACUUCCGCAGCGGGCGGCGGGGCCCGGCCGCCUACCUGCGGCGCAAAGAGCGCAUGCUGCGCAUCUCCAUCCGCCGCAUGGUGAAGACGGACACCUUCUACCUGAUGGUGCUCAGCCUCGUGGCUCUCAACACCGUCUGCGUGGCCAUCGUCCACCACAACCAGCCCGACUGGCUGACCAUCUUCCUCUACUAUGCAGAGUUUGUUUUCCUCGGGCUGUUUUUGGCGGAGAUGUUUUUGAAGAUGUACGGUCUGGGUUUCCGGCUCUACUUCCAUUCAUCGUUCAACUGCUUCGACUGUGGGGUCAUUGUUGGCAGCAUCUUUGAGGUGGUUUGGGGCUUCUUCAGGCCCGGCAUGUCGUUCGGGAUCAGCGUACUGAGGGCCCUGCGACUCUUGAGGAUCUUCAAAAUCACCAAAUACUGGGCCUCUCUCAGGAACCUGGUGGUGUCCCUCAUGAGCUCCAUGAAGUCCAUCAUCAGCCUGCUGUUUCUUCUCUUUCUCUUCAUCGUGGUGUUUGCCCUGCUGGGGAUGCAGCUUUUUGGAGGAAGGUUUAUCUUUGAAGAUUACACUCCCACCAACUUUGACACGUUUCCAGCUGCCAUCAUGACGGUGUUUCAGAUCCUGACCGGUGAGGACUGGAACGAGGUGAUGUACGAUGGGAUCCGCUCGCAGGGCGGGGUGCAGUACGGCAUGUGGUCUUCCAUCUACUUCAUAGUGCUCACCUUGUUCGGAAACUACACUCUGCUGAACGUCUUCUUGGCCAUCGCUGUGGACAAUCUGGCCAACGCGCAGGAGCUGACGAAGGAUGAAGAGGAGGAGGAGGAGUUCUUCAACCAGAGAUAUGCCAGGGGCCGAGAUGGCCUGAUAUCCGAUGGGAGGAGAAGACCCUACCUGUACAGGAAGCGAGCCAUCCACCGAGGCCGCCCCAACUUCCCCGAGGAGCCGGAGGAGCGGGCGGGGGCCCCCGACGAACAGCCCCUCAAGGGCCCCAACGCCUUCGUGACCCGGCGCGAGAGGAGGAGGAAGGUCCACAUGUCCGUGUGGGAGCAGAGAGCCAACCAGCUGCGCAAGCGCCGGCAGAUGGCGAGCAGAGAGGAGCUGGUCGCAAGCGCCGCCGCGGAGGACGCCGCCGAAACCCCCGGCGUCCCCCUAGAGGCCGCGCCGGCUCACCCGCCCGGGUCUCCCGCCUCCGCGGGGACGCCGCUCCCCGAGGAGGACGUGUCGGUCGCCAUCGCCAUCCCCGAGCCGCCGGCCGCCGAGCCUCUCGUGAGCCUCGGCGAGGAGAAAGCGGCGGUGGGGCCCAACCACCGGGCCGCCGGCGGGGGCCGGCACAGGAUGGCCCGCCGGUUCAGGCCCGGUCAGGACGAUGGGGCGCGGCACAGGAGGCACCGCCACCGGGACGCCCGCGCCGAGGCCAAGAGCCUGGACUGCGGCAGCCAGGCGGCGCGCGAGGAGCCGCACGCCAGGCUGUCGCGCAGCCAGGAGAGGAAGACGCUGGACGAGGGGGAGGAGAAGGACGAGAGGGAGGAGAAGGCGGAGGCGGACGGCGGGUCGGUCCAAGACGACGGCGCGACGUGCAUCAUCAACCCGUACGCAGAGGAUGGAGAAGACGCCCGGAGAGAGAUCCCUGACCCUUCUCGGUGUGAGCUGGACCCCGCCGGGUCCGAGCAGGGCGAAGGCGCCGCCACGGACCAAGCCGCCCCCGAGGAGCCCGCCUCGGAGGCCGGCGAGUUCGCCGCGGGGCCCGGCGAGCCCGUGAGCCGCCCCGCCUCCGUCAAGCGGGGGGACAAGGCCAGGCCGGCGGGAAGCGUGGCCAUCGAAAUGUCCGCGCAGCCGCUGCUGGAGCUCACGCCGAUGACAGGGAACAGCAAAGAGUCGGAGGUGUACAGCUCCGAGCAGACGGACAGAGACGAGGAGACGGGGGACGAGGAGCGGGAGCCUUCGGUUCCCCCCAAACCCGCCGCUCCGGAUAGCAUGUUCAUCUUCAAAGCCUCCAACCCCAUCAGGAAGAUCUGCCACUACGUGGUGACCAUGCGCUACUUUGAGAUGUCCAUCCUCCUCGUGAUCGUGGCGAGCAGCAUCGCCCUGGCCGCCGAGGACCCCGUGUGCACCAACUCGGACAGGAACAAGGUGCUGCGGUAUUUCGACUACGUCUUCACCGGAGUGUUCACCUUUGAGAUGAUCAUCAAGAUGAUAGACCAGGGUCUCAUCCUGCACGACGGAUCAUAUUUCCGAGACAUGUGGAACAUCCUGGACUUCAUCGUGGUGGUGGGAGCUCUGAUUGCCUUCGCUCUGACAAACAACAAAGGCCGAGACAUCAAGACAAUAAAGUCCCUCAGAGUCCUGAGGGUUCUUCGUCCUCUAAAAACCAUCAAACGGCUCCCCAAACUCAAGGCUGUUUUCGACUGCGUGGUCACCUCUCUGAAGAACGUCUUCAACAUCCUCAUCGUGUACCAGCUCUUCAUGUUCAUCUUCGCUGUCAUCGCCGUGCAGCUCUUCAAGGGGAAGUUCUUCUACUGCACCGACAGCUCCAUGAACUCAGAGAAGGAAUGCCAGGGCUACUACAUCGACUACAGCAGGGACAAGAAGGAGGUGAAGAGGAGAGAGUGGAAGAGACACGAGUUCCACUACGACAACGUCUGCUGGGCCCUCCUCACGCUCUUCACCGUCUCCACCGGAGAGGGGUGGCCCGAAGUCCUGCAGCACUCCACCGACGUGACUGAGGAGAGCAUGGGGCCGAGCCGCGGGAACCGCAUGGAGAUGUCCGUCUUCUACGUGGUCUACUUCGUGGUCUUCCCCUUCUUCUUCGUCAACAUCUUCGUGGCCCUGAUCAUCAUCACCUUCCAGGAGCAGGGCGACAAGAUGAUCCAGGAGUGCAGCCUGGAGAAGAACGAGCGGGCCUGCAUCGACUUCACCAUCAGCGCCAAGCCGAUGACCCGCUACAUGCCGCAGAACCGGCAGACCUUCCAGUACAGGCUGUGGCACUUUGUGGCGUCGCCGUCUUUCGAGUACACGGUGCUCGUGAUGAUCGCCCUCAACACCGUGGUGCUCAUGAUGAAGUACCACUCGGCGCCGGCGGCCUACGACAUGGUCCUGAAACACCUCAACUCGGCCUUCACCGUCCUCUUCUCCAUGGAGUGCGUCCUCAAGAUCCUGGCGUUUGGAUUGGUGAACUACUUUCGAGACACUUGGAAUAUUUUUGAUUUCAUCACUGUGCUUGGCAGCAUCUCUGAGAUAAUUGUGGAUUUACAGUCGGUGAACACCAUCAACAUGAGUUUCUUGAAGCUCUUCCGAGCGGCCCGGCUGAUCAAGCUGCUGAGGCAGGGCUACACCAUCCGCAUCCUGCUGUGGACCUUCGUUCAGUCCUUCAAGGCCCUUCCGUACGUCUGUCUCCUCAUCGCCAUGCUUUUCUUCAUAUACGCCAUAAUCGGAAUGCAGGUGUUUGGAAACAUCAAGCUGAACGAUGAGAGUCACAUCAAUCAACACAACAACUUCAAGACCUUUUUCAGUGCACUGAUGCUGCUAUUCAGGAGCGCCACGGGGGAGUCCUGGCAGGAGAUAAUGCUCUCCUGUCUGGCGGGUCGGGAGUGUGAACCAGACUCCUCCAUCUCCCCCCUGACGACGUCUCCCGACCACGAGGGAGGCUGCGGGACGGACUUUGCGUACUGCUACUUUGUCUCGUUCAUCUUCUUCAGCUCGUUCCUGAUGCUGAAUCUGUUCGUGGCCGUGAUCAUGGAUAACUUUGAGUACCUGACGCGAGACUCCUCCAUCCUGGGUCCCCAUCACCUGGACGAGUUCGUCCGCAUCUGGGGGGAGUACGACCGCCUGGCCUGUGGUCGGAUACACUACACUGCCAUGUACGAGAUGCUGACACACAUGUCACCGCCCCUGGGCCUGGGCAAGAAGUGUCCCGCUAAGAUCGCCUACAAGAGGUUGGUGUUGAUGAACAUGCCCGUGGACGAGGACAUGACCGUCCACUUCACCUCCACCCUGAUGUCGCUCAUCCGCACAGCUCUGGACAUCAAAAUAGCCAGAGGCGGCGAGGACCGCAUCGCUCUGGAUAGUGAACUACAGAAAGAGAUCAGCAUCAUCUGGCCGUACCUUCCCCAGAAGAACCUGGACGUCCUGGUGCCGAUCAACAAAGACACGGACAUGACGGUGGGGAAGAUCUACGCUUCCAUGAUGAUAAUGGACUACUUCAAAACCAACAAAGCCAAGAAGCUCAGGCAACAACUGGAGGCUCAGAAGAGCAGCUUGAUGUUCAAGCGCCUGGACGCCUCCACGCUCCCCGAGGACAUCCUGUCCGACAGCCAGUCGCUGCCGAUGAUGGCGCACAGCGCAGGCUCCGCCCUGACCAGGGGAGGCUUUUUGGCCUUGAGCCCCAUCUCCCCUCAGGAACUGUUUUUGCAGCCCAUAAGUACCGACGCUGAUGGAGCUCAAGAGCAGAACCCGGUGGGCGGGUGCAGUAGGGGGAUUGAAGCCCCACAGGAGCUCCCGUUAGGGACGGGUCUGUGUGCGCGGGCCUCUUCCAUGCCCCGUCUGGCUGUAGAGUCGCAGGCGGAGGUUGCGAGCGGCUCCAUGAAGCGCUCCGUCUCCACGGUUGCAGAUCAGCGGGUGAACGGCCUUUGGGAAGAGGAGAAAAGCCCGGAGAGAGUUUAUCGACCCCGUCACAAAAGCUACAAGGCUGCCGUUUCCCGCUCGGAGCACUGGAAGCAGGGCGACAGGGACCGCGGCCGGUCUAAGGAGCGCUGUCACCUGCUUUCUCCCAACGCGUCCCGCGGUAACUCGGAGGAGAGGAGUUUGCAGCCCUCGCGGUCUUCUAGCGCAGAGGGAGCGCGUCCCCGGGACAAGCAGGGCAACAGCUCGGACAGUCCGGUGCCCUCCACCUCCGAGUCCAGCACCCCCAGCGCCCGGCGACCCGCCCCGCAGGCCCGCUCUCGCCCCCACAUCUCCUACUCCCCGCUGCACCCCUCCGUCGGCGAGGAGGACGACGACGAACAAGGCAGCCCGCAGACCGUGAGGCGGGGCAAGCCCAACCGGAAGGCCCAAGAGGGGUCCGCGGCCGAGAGACGGAGGGACGCCGACCGAGACCCGUCCCCGCCCCGGCGCUACCCCUCCGAGCCGUUCCUGGCCUCCCAAGAGGGCGACCACAGCCCGGACCCCUCCGGCCCCAUGGAGACGUUGACCUUCGAGGCGGCCGUGGCGUGCAGCCUGGGGCGCUCGAACACCGUCACCUCGUCCCGCCCGCGCUUGCGGACCGGCUGGCAAGUCCCCAACGGACACUUUCGCAAGCGCAUGGCCGCCACGACCUCCGCCGCGGGCUGCGACGCUCUCAGUGACACAGAGGAGGACGACCGUUGCUAGGAGACGGGACGCGCGGAGGAGGGAUCCCGGAGCGGCGUCACUAGGCGAUGGGACUCUUUCUGCAUCUGCCCUCUGGAUGUCUGAUGAGAUGUGAACCCGAAAACGAAAGAACAAUACUUCCUGAAACUGUAGUUGCCGAUUCACACAGAACACUGACACUAAAUAAGGUCUAUUUCCUGAUAUGUACUUGAUGAUAGAGAAUUAAUAACCCAUCUCAAAUAGUUGUGGGGUGCAGUUAAUAAAUGAAUGGAUCAAAUUACGUCAUUUGUUUUGAUAGGUAUUUUCAUUUCUGAAGAUGUUUCUAAAUGAUUCAGUGUUGCUCUUAACAGUACUUAUCUGUAGGGUGUGUGAAUAUGUAACUACAUUUUCUUAUUAAUGAAUUCUUUUGUAAAUACGUUGUGAUCAUCACACCAUUGCCAUUUCUUAGACUAGAUAAAUACAAAAAGCCAUGACGAAGAGGAAAUCUGAUCCUUCACCAGACAAUGUGUAAACUAAUAAGUAAGACUCUAUAAUGCUGGAUUUUUUUUUACAGUAUGAAUGAAUAUGCAGGGGGAAAACUGCCUGAUUUCCCUUGUUACUUAUUUUUUUUGUAUUGAACACACACAAUGAGGAAAUGAAAACAUGUCAUGUUAUAAAAUGACAUAUAGAAAGAUGCUUAUAUGUUAAUCAUGCCUCCGACCAACUUCAAACCUUCUUCAAAUUAGUCCGAUUUACCCUUUAAAUCAAACUCUAUCGACAAUCAUAUAUACAUAGUAUUUCAUUUUGAAAAUUGCUGGGCGUGUAAUUUUACAGAGAAAUUAUACAAAAUGAAGUUUAAUUGUUUUUCCCCUUUUUCUUCCUUGUGAAUAUUUUAUGAAUCACUGCAGACGAACACUGUAAAAAUAUUCUAGACACAUGACACAUUUGUUUUGCAAAUUAACAUUACUCUAACUAACUUACUAAUAAUGUACAGAGGAAAUAUACUGUUUUUAAUAUUUAGAGAAAAUAUACAGUAUCAGCUGAUGAGCUUUAAAGGAAUCUUUGCAAUUGUCCAUUUUAAGGUUUGUGGUUUUGUUUAUGUUUUUUCGCCUGAUGAAGGGCCAAUUCUGUGAUACUCACUUAACCAAAAACAUGGAGAUUUGUAUCAUAAGUAACUGGAAUGCAAAAGCGUUGUGGGUUUUUAUGUGUACAAUAGAUGUAAAUACAAAUAAAGGUGUCCUCAAGCUGCCA